UUCUCAGGGUUUAGGCUAUCCUCACUACUUGGUUAACUGUUUUUUUUUGCGGUACGGACUUCUUUCAGUACAAAAAAGCUUCUAGCAGUACUUUUACUACUUCUAAUUUUUGAGUUCUAAACCUAAGUAAACCGUUGGUGCAAACCAUGAAUGCCAUUAAAUUGUUUUUAGCUUUUGCAUUCUUUGUCGGCCAUCUUGCUUUAUUUGUCGUCGGGGAUAAACAGUAUGUUUUUGAUUUGUUAAAACCCGCCCUGGACGUGGAUCAGGUCAUGGAUAUAUUGUACAAUGCGAAGCCGGGCGAAUCAUUUCCGAUCCGUAAAGAAAUUCCCAAAGACAUAACCUUCGAUUGUAGCGCUAAAAAAAAUCCGGGCUUCUAUGCAGACACUUCCCCAGCCUCCAGAUGCCAAAUUUUUCACCGGUGCGAUGUAAACGGAAAUAUGACAAGCUAUUUAUGUAUUCCUCCAACUCUCUUCAACCAGAUUACCUUAGUGUGCGACUAUUUUUUCAAUGUGGAUUGUGAACGAUUCUCUAGUUAUGUCGACUUUGCCAAUUCGCGUUUGUAUACGGAUCAACCGCUUUUUGAUACACCUCCAAAUGACUGGAUUCCGUCGAAUUUAAGAGGCUCUGCAGCUCUUUCCAUCACACCUAAAUCUUCCGGCAAUUUGGUGCCCAGAAAAAAAUCACCUCCAACCGCUUAGGCUGAUGUAUUUCAAGAACCGUGUUCGUAAAUGAUACGCCUAUGUCGUACGAAGACUGUCCUACAGGUCGAAGCUGCAAGGCUUUUCAUUAUAUUUUAAUGCAUCAACUUCUUUUGCUCAUUCUAGUUGUAAAUUACCCAUAUAAAUAUUUUAUGUUACUGUUUCAACAAAUUUUUUAACUGAUCAUGACAGAGCGAACGACUUUGAGACUGCGUUUGAAUCAUGUUAAAGCGACAGGACUCAAAGGAACAAACAAAAGUA